GUUUGACGUAUCAUUGAAUGUGUACAGCAUUAGUCAACUAAUUCAACCGAAUUUAAGAUGAUAAUAUAUAAUUUAAGCAGAAGAAAACUAAAAAUUGAGUGACCAAUCUGUAUUUAAUAGAAUAAAACAAUAAGAAUUAACAAAAUUAACAUGUCAAACAAAUCAACGUUUGCAAUUGGUGAAUUAGUUCUAUGUCAAUAUGGUGAAGCGUGGUACGAAGCCAGAAUAUUGCAAAUUAUCGAUAAUAAAAACACCAAUUAUUUAGUGCAUUACAUUGGGUCACAUGUAAGAUAUGACGAAUGGGUCACUGAAGACAGUCUACACAAAUUGAUGGAUAACACAAAUGAUCAAAAUGGAGUUGAGCUCAUAUUUGAAGAAGGUAGUCAGGUUUUUUGUCAAUACAAAAAAUUACUAUACCCAGCCAAAAUAUUAAAAAGUCGAAUACGUGCUGAAGAUGAACAAACUCGAUACUUUGUACAUUAUAUGGGAUGGAAUAAAAAGUGGGAUGAAUGGGUGGCAGGAGACCGCCUUCUUCAGCCAGUGGAUUCGGAUGUACAACAGGAAUUGAUGUUUUCUGAUGGUGAAAAAGUGUUGUGCGAUGAAGAUGAUUUACUGUACAAAGCAAUUGUUUUGAAAGGAUGUCAAUUCAAAGGCAUUAAUAAUCAUAUACAAAGUAGAUACCUCAUACAUUAUGAUGGUUGGAGUGAUGCAUUGGAUGAGUGGGUCACGCAGGAUCGCCUAUACAAAUUAAAUGAUCGUAUGAAUAAAGCUUCAUAAAUUCUUGUCUAUUAAAAACAUGAGAAAAUUUAUAUUUUUGAUAUUAACAUUUUUCGUAAAAAACAACACAAAUUCAAUCUAUAAAAUCUUUAUUUGAUUUGAAAAUAAAUUGUAUCGUU